GCCCCUCCGCCUCCUCCCUCCCACGCGCCGCCCGCUCCACCUGCUCCCUCCCCGCGCCUCCCGUUCCCUCCCCGCGCCGCCCGCGCCGCCUGCUCCCUCCGGAUUUGCACCGAGCACGGGCUGCGGACGGAGAUCCAGACGAGAGAGGCGGACGCCGGACGGCACAUCCUCUGGACGAAAUUCGUCAGCAGAACCACGGCAAAGAAUGUAGUCUUUCUGUUGGAAUUCCAGAAGUUCGAGAACAAGUCGGAUGCCAUUAAUCCUAGUUCUGGUAUUGAUGGACGCCUCGCCAGGAUGAUCAAAAAAUGGUGGUUUGGGGAGAUACUUGUUGUUGGAAAGCUUGAGCAUAAACUCAUUAUUGAAAAAGAACUGGUCAGCAAUAUUGCCUGCCGCUACGACGAGGCUGUCUUGGAAGUGAUGUGGGGCCUGAAAAACCUCCUGCAUACCGUAGUUCCUAAAGAGGAAUUAGAGCUGAGUGAGGAGGACAGCAAGCAUAGGAGCCAAGGAUUACAAAUGUUCUUGCAAAAUCUUAAUUUUGACAUCAAACAAGAACUGGUUAAUGGACAGAUUGCAGAAACAGCUUGCUUCGUGUAUCACUGUCUUGAAAUUAACAAGGAACUUCUUGAGUGCUUGCAUUUGACUAGUGUUCUCGAGAAGGAAGGCAUCGACACUCAGGAUUGGGAUGCAUUGAAAUAUGUGACAGCUCUUUUGCUCAUGUGUACAAACGAACAUUCAUCUGGUCCUAAUCAGGAGUUCUCAAAAGAGGAUCUGGUGAAGAUAUACGGUGGAAAAGGGAAAUAUGAUAAACAGCUUAUUAAGGACAAUUUCAUGAUGAUUUACAAUAGAGCAGUCAAAGUCCAUCAAACUAAAGUUAUAAAGCUCCGAGAGUUGGAUGCUUUGGUUAAGGAGGCUAAAGAAAGGGCCAGAGAAGUUCCGGAGUUGCAAGAGGUGCUGGAGGAGUCGGAAAGGGUUACGAAGAAAGGAAGAUAGAGGCUUAAGAAGCUUAGGGCUACACUGCCAUCGGACAGGAAGCUUGGUGUUGAUGCUGAUGGGAUGAGAAAAUACUAGGCCGAUGUGCAUAGUGGUGCGACGAUGGAAUCAUAGACCUCAUGUAUUAGUUUAAGGCCGUAGACCUCACCAUGCAUCCGUAUUGUUAUUUUGGCUAAUGCCCUGACGUUUGCGUGGCUUCUCGAUACUCGAAAGUUACUUUGGGUCUUAA